AUGGAGGGACUAGGCUAUGGGCAUGCAGCACCAGGAACGGACGCCGGCAAGGCCUUCUGCAUGUUUUAUGCCGUCCUGGGAAUCCCUUUGACUCUCGUAAUGUUCCAGAGUUUGGGCGAGAGGAUGAACACGUUUGUCAAGUACCUCCUGAAGCGCAUAAAAAAGUGCUGCGGGAUGAGCAUCACCGAUGUUUCGAUGGAGAACAUGUCGUACUAUUAUUGCUUCAUAACUCUGACCACAAUAGGUUUUGGAGACUUUGUGGCUCUGCAGAAGAACAGGGCGCUCCAGAAAAAGCCUUUAUAUGUUGCGUUUAGCUUCAUGUAUAUUCUGGUAGGCUUGACCGUCAUUGGGGCCUUUCUCAAUUUGGUCGUCCUACGAUUUCUGACAAUGAACAGCGAGGAUGAGCGGAGGGAUGCGGAGGAGCGCGCGUCUUUAGCGGGGAACCGGAACAGCAUGAUUAUCCAUAUUCAAGACGAGAGUUUGCCGCGAGGACAUCGGAGGAGAGCGCCGUACAGGGGGGAUUUCCAGUCUGUGUGUUCUUGUAUGCACUAUCACUCGCAUGACUUGGGCAGUUCUGGGGGCGGACUUGGAAACCUGGGCUGUUCUUUUUCACAUCAGAACUCCUUCAGCUCGCAGCUCAACCCCAGCCCAUACUUUCACUCGGUUUCCUAUAGGAUCGAGCAGAUUUCUCCCAGCACCUUGAAAAACAGUUUCUUCCCUUCGCCAGUCAGCUCAGUGUCUCCGGGCCUCCACAGCUUUACAGACAAUCACCAGCUUAUGAGGAGGAGGAAGUCCAUAUAA